AUGUGUAUGAUUGGGAACGGGAGAGGUUCCGGUUCUCUUGUGACUCGGCUCCUGCUCAUACGCUACUUCUCUGCAACUGCAAAGUCGACAUCAGUGAAAGCUCAGGCUACUGGUGUUGGGUUAAAUGUUUUACAUAAAUCAUUAUAUCAGGGGAUUAUUGUUUCCCUAGAUUUGUCUGCUAAUCGUGAAAAGCAAUCACCAUCUCAAAACGAUGCUCAGAAACUUGAAGUUAAAUUCAAAUCUCUUGAAUCACAGAUAUUUGAAGAUAAAUACCCGUCAAGUAAUAUUAGUUUCCUGUUGAUCAUAAAUAUGUUGUUUUUGGCCCGUAUACGAAGUAUCAUUGAUGCAGGAUUUAGUGGUGGUGGACUGCUUAUACAGUCGGAGAUGCAACAUGGUCCGGUGAAUAUGGUGGCGGGUGCCCAGAAUGUGAAUGGGGUUGCAGUUGGUGGACUUGAAGGGUAUUUGGGUAAUUCGAGGUUUUCCUAUUAG